GAGGGAGGCUCUGGGUGAUCAACAGCUAUAAAGAGCCAGGCAGGGACGGGGUGUUGUAGGAGCCUGUCUUUUAGGCUAAUAGGCUCCUGAAGAUCUCCCAGGACCCCGGGAAACACUCUCGGUAUGGGCUGAGAUAAAAGGCUGUUUGGUUCCCCCAACAAAUAUUCUGCAAUCCCAGGUAAGACCCCCUCAGCUCUGACACGUGCAGCAGACAGCACAGGGACUGAGGUCGAAGGUCUUCGUGGGGUGAGAGUCCUUGUCUUUUGAAGUCACUUCAAGCUGAGGGGUCAAGCCGGGCUGAAAGAGCACCCGUUCUCCGUCAUCUUCAGGUCUAGGCUAAGCUUUAAUGAUUCACGGAUCUGUGAACUGGGGCUAGUCCUAUAAACCUCUUGAGCUGUUGAGAACGCAAAAAUUUCAUUCCUGAAAGUGUUUUAGCAAACAGUGGCCAUUACUAUCCAACCGUGCUGGUUCACACUGCGGGGAGAGGGGGUGCUGCCAAUCAAAGCCGGCCCCUGCCUUCCUAGACACCGGCCUAGGCUUGAGAAUGAGUAUUUCAUCGACUCAUAGGGGAUGUUUGCAGUCCCGGGAAAGGGGCGCUGUUUUCAGAACUUCCGAUAAAGUCCUGGGUGGCGAAGCAAAAGGGUGUCCCCGACCGGGGAUCCCCUGGCUAAGCGGGGUUGCGCCCCCAGCAGGUGGCUCCCGGCAAGGCCUCGGAUGCAGCCUUGGGUCCCCCCACCCCUCUGUGCCCGCCCUGGCCACCUCGGGGGCGAGGCAGCCAGGAGCGUGGGAGGGGACGGCGUGCCAUUGGCUUGUGCGCGGCACUAGAGGAGGGACCAGUGCGGGCCGCCAGACUCUGGCGAGCCCAGCGGCGCAAGAGUCCUGCCUGCCCUGCCCUGCCCUGCUCGCCCGCGCGGCGCCGCGAUGUGAGACUCCCCCGGCCGAAGCGUCAGCGGGGCACGCCAGCUCCGCGAGCGCAGCACCCCGCGCGCUAGGAACCUCUCUUCUCUGCCACCUCCAACCCCUGGGGGUGUUUAUUUCGCCCUCGGCCCCCUUCCGGACUAUAGCUUUCUGCUUUGGAGCCUGAGGGAACGGAGCGUGAAGCAGUUUCUACUGUCGCCGGACUAUAAGGACUGAACACAGGAGAAGAACAUUCGUCUUGGACUCCACUUUAGCACCUGGCUCACUGCCCGUCUCACAGAGAAGAAACUGAGGCAGCUGCAGCUUCAUCUUCUCUCAGAUCCUGAGUAGGGCCUGGCCACACCCUUCUCACCCUGCAUUGGGACCUGGGGUCUGGAAGUCCAGCAGGAACGAUGGCUGAGGCCAGUGUCUCCCCACGUCCCUCAGCAAAGGACAACAUGCCAGCCAAACAGCCUCCUCCGCUCAUGAAGAAGCACAGCCAGACGGACCUUGUGAGCCGCCUGAAGACCAGGAAGAUUCUGGGCGUGGGCGGGGAGGAUGACGAUGGCGAAGUGCACCGAUCAAAGAUCAGCCAGGUCUUGGGCAAUGAGAUCAAGUUCGCUGUUCGGGAGCCUCUGGGGCUCAGGGUCUGGCAGUUUCUUUCUGCUAUGAUGUUCUCCAGUGUGGCCAUCAUGGCCCUCGCCCUCCCUGACCAGCUCUACGAUGCAGUUUUUGAUGGAGCUGAGGUCACCAGCAAGACCCCCAUCCGUCUGUACGGUGGUGCCCUCCUUAGCAUCUCCCUGAUCAUGUGGAACGCACUCUACACAGCCGAGAAGGUCAUCAUCCGCUGGACUCUGCUCACUGAGGCCUGCUACUUUGGGGUGCAGUCCUUGGUGGUCACUGCGACACUUGCGGAGACAGGCCUCGUGUCCCUGGGGACCCUGCUGCUCCUGGCCAGCCGCCUCCUCUUUGUCGCUGUCAGCAUCUACUACUAUUACCAAGUUGGCCGGAAACCCAAGAAAGUGUAGCUGGCUGGGACCUGCCUGGGCCUGGACCUGGGCCAGAGUGGCUGGGGAAGUCCCUGUCUGUGGGCCCCAGGCAGGCCUGCAGACUGGCAGGGUGCACGCAGCUUCCUUCCCUCCCAGGCACUCCCUGGAGUCAACUUGGACCUCCUGGGCUUCUAGGAGUUAUAAGUCAGGCUGGGCCACCCCACUCCUCACCCCAUACAGGAACAACCGCUUGCCCCGGCUUUCUUGACCUCUAGACUCUAAUAGACAGUCUAGAGUGGAGCGCUGGGGCCUGGGCGGAGUCAAGGAUAGUUCCUCUGCCGGGAAGCCCUUUUCUCUCCAGGGGAUUGCGUCAACCCCAACAGCAGGCUUCAGCUUUUCUACAUUCAGAAACCUGAAAACUGUUUGUUCCCAUAUGAGUUCCACACCGCACACACACACACACCACACACACACACCACACACACACACACACACACACACCACACACACACACACACACACACACACGAGUUUUCAGAGCCCCCACUGUGGUCAGCUAGCCAGGGGAAUGCCUGCCUCCAUUGGGCCUAGGUCCCCCUCCUUGGCCUGCUUACAUGACCCUCCCUUUGGCCUGCUGUAGAGUGUUCUGAUACACUGGCUGCCUGCACCCCAAAGCACCAGAGUCUCCCCAAUGGGCCAGGGUUAGCAGUAUACCACAGGCCCUGGCAGGCCUCGGCACCUCAGCUAGCCAUAGGCUCCUAGUGUGUGAGGAAUUCUGAAGGGAAGCAAAGCAGGGACAUUUUCUUGGUAUGGCCUCCAAGGCCUGUAUGGCUGGCUACACCUGGCUCUGUCCCUGCUCAAUAUCCCCUCCAGAGGCUGUUCCAAGGCCUACAGCCACUCAAAUUCUAUAGAAGUAAGGAAACAGAAGUGGAUUUGCCCUUGCUCAGCACCGUGACAGUGGGCCCUUACAGCUGAAGCCACCGCUGGUGACGCCAGCCCAUAUGGCUCCUCCCCUUGGUCCUAGCUCUCAGCACUUUCCUUCCCUUUAGCAGCAAGCACACUGAGUUAAGAGAGGUGGCCUUAGGUCUAUCUCUUCCCCUUCUGCAGAGCAGUGGCCCUCUGUGCCUGGGGGAGCCUUUCUCUAGGGCACCUGGGCUCACAGCUUCCCUGAGCUCAUUUGGCCCUACAGCCGAGUGCCCCAUGACAAUGGCCUAUGCCCAGCAGGGGGACUCAGGUUAGUUUUAGUGGAGACAUGCCCAGCCAUGGUAUGGCAGAGUGGUGAGAAUCUGUGCUUUCAAGAUGGGACCAAUGCGUGCAUCCAUCUUCUGCCGCUGGCUUUGUACCAGUCCCACCUCUUGACUCAGAGCACAGGCCCAGCCACCGCCACCUCUCAGUACAGUCCCAACUGCUGUAGAGAGGGUGGCAUUGUUGACAGUUCUCAGCACUGAUGGGAUUUAUCCUCUUGGAUCCUCUGUGAAUGCAGAUAGAGUCCCAAGGGAGGUAGUCAAGAGAAACGGAAGACGCCAGCCAUGCUCAGCCCUUUGGAGACCUCUGCCAGUCUUCCCCUCAGUGACAGGAGGUGGAAGGUCCUGCCCUGGGGUGGGGGUGGGGUGUCCAGGUCACCCUGGUGUGAUAACUUCACAGGGGUGGGGUCAAGACCAGACCAAGGCUGGCAGACAGACAUGCCUGUGGCCUUGGGGAGACAUUAAGCUUGGAAGGAGGCUACGAAGGAGAUAGGAACCCCACCCUGAAUCCAAGCCCGGGGUGCCCUGGUUGCCCCAACUCCUCCUGUGCUUCUGCCUCUGUCAUGGUCACUAUUUAUUCCUCAGUCCUUUUUCUUUUUGUAAGAAACAGUCACAAAAAACAGUGCAGAACGA